AAAAAUAGCAAGAGGAAGAGGGAGGAAAAAAAAAACAUCUCCGCUGCAAAAAUUUAUUUCGCGAGAUCAGGGCGGCUCCGCCCCCUUGCCGCAGAUUCGCGGCGAGAGGGGGAAGGCGGAGGUUUCCGAGGCGGCGGAGCCCGUUUUCCGGUGAGAUUUUCGGCGGCGUUCCGACGCCGCAGAUAGACGGAAGGCACGAUCUUGCGGCUGUCCCCCGGCGAAUUCUUGCCGGGCUAUAUCUGAGGAUUGACGGUCGCGCCAGGCUGGGCAUUUCCACCGCGUUUCUUGCGCGGAUUUCGUCGAUUCCUUGGCGCUGCGGCCGAGAAUCCGGUGUUGAACUGGUCGCCGGAGACAAAAGGCAAAGAGGCGAUGGACUACUACAACAUCCUCAAGGUGAACCGGAAUGCCUCAUUGGAGGACCUCAAGAAGUCGUACCGGCGGCUCGCUAGGACGUGGCACCCCGACAAGAACCCGACUGGUGGCGCCGAGGCUGAGGCUAGGUUCAAGCAGAUAACCGAGGCCUACGAGGUACUAAGUGAUCCAGAAAAGCGUGCAAUUUAUGACCAAUACGGUGAAGAAGGUUUAAAGGGGAUGCCUCCGCCUGGUUCCCAAAGCCGGACCUCCACAGCUUCUGGCUCAACUGGUCCAAAUAAUUUCCGUUACAAUCCUAGUGAUCCAGAUGAAUUCUUUAAUGAGUUCAUGGCGAGCAACAAGCCAUACACCUUUGGUCAAGACCGGAGGCGUUUUCAGCCAGCACACCGGACCUCAGCAACAAACGGUCGAAGUGAAGCUUCUUCCAGUUCACAGAAGGAGCCUGGUACCAGUACAAGCCAUCUGGAAAAGCCACCGCCAGUGGAGAAGACAUUACUUUGCACUCUUGAAGAGCUGUAUAAUGGGACAAAAAGGAAGAUGAAGAUCACUAGGAAUGUCGCAAAAUCAGAUGGAAAGGUAGAAGUUGAGACAGAGAUCCUACAGGUUGAGGUGUUGCCGGGCUGGAAAAAGGGAACAAAGAUGACAUUUCCCAACAAAGGCGAUACACUUCCCGGCUAUUUACCGCAGGACCUGACCUUUGUCAUCGACAUGAAGCCCCAUGACACCUACACUCUGGAAGGGAACAACCUCCUGGUAAGCCAGGAGAUCCCCCUGGUGGACGCUCUUGCCGGGACGACCAUAAACCUCAGGACCCUUGACGGCAGGAGCCUUCCCGUGAGGGUGGAGGAAGUGGUGCGCCCUGGGCAAGAGAUUGUGAUCGAGAAUGAAGGGUGGCCGAUCCGGAAGGAGCCAGGGAAGAAGGGGAGCCUGAGGAUCAGGUUCGACGUGGCCUUCCCGGUGAGGCUAUCCUCGUCGCAGCGAGCUGCCAUCAGGCGGAUCAUGGGGAGCUAACCAGAGAAAAGAAGGGCGCAACAAUGGAUCGGUCCAUCAUACAGAAACAAGAAAAAAAAAACUAGCUAGUCUUGUCACAGUUGGGAUUGGUUUGGGUUAGUUCGUGUUCAUUUGUUGUUCAUAGAUCAGUAGCGGUGCAGCACUAAUUCCGUGUGUUUAGUCCUGUUCUUCGCAAGUGACGUUGUUUUCUUUUUGGUGACUUUUGUUGAUGAUUAGCAGUUGGAUGCUUUUAGUUCUGAUCAUAUCAAACGGAUGUUUACCGCCCCUUUA